GGUUGAAGAAAUAGAGCGAGACAGGAGAACCAUGAAAGAUGGCCCAAGGGGACCUUGUUGAGAGAGCGAAUACUUUGAUCAUUGAAUUGUGUGAGCGAAAGAUUGGUGGUCUAUCACAGAGGAUAUCAUGAAACAAGCCUGUUGUUCCGGGGAGCAAAAGUGAUCUCUAAAGGUCCAAUCAGUUUUAAGAAGAAUUUCACUGCUUUGGAGUGGAGGGCCGAAAGCUUUGCUUACCCGCCGAAGAUGUUUCUACUAGUUCUGAUAUGAAUCAAGACUUCGCAGUAGACUUGGGUAUCUUUGAUUGAUCUUGAAACUUUGUUCGAUCUUGUCACCCGCGGUCAAACCAAGGAUUUUGACAGUUAUGUCCGAGGACGAGGCCGACGCGAUGAGAUGGAUCUAUAAAGGCCUGGGGGGGGAGAAGAAGAUCGAGUACAAAGUAAACAAGAAAGCACAGCCACUCUCGUUCGAUGGUCCCUCUGUAGCCGACAUGAAGCUGAAUGAUAAGCUGAUGGAGACUUUGAAACAACUUGGGGCGUAUGAAGACAAGGAAUGCAACCAGAGAAGAGAGCAGGCUCUGGAAAACAUCGAGAAGAUUAUGAAGACCUGGACUUGCGAGAUCUGCAAGACGAAGAACAUCUCGCUGGAUUUCGAUUGCUCAUGCAGGGUUGUACCAUUCGGCUCUUAUUGCCUGGGGGUACAUUCUCACGACUCCGACAUCGACCUGCUGUGUAUCAUACCAGAGGUCGUCAACCGAUCGGAGUUCUUCUCUCGAGUACCUGCAAAGCUAGCAGAGGUUGAAGGCAUCACAUGCAUCAAGUCAUUGGCAGAUGCCUUUGUUCCUGUGAUCAAGUUUCAGUAUUGCGGCUUCGACAUCGACUUGGGCAUGGUCCGCAUGCCUUGCGGGUCGAUUCCUCCCGAUUUGAACAUUGCUCUGGACCGUCAUCUUUUGAGGAUUGAGGACACGAAGGAUAUCACUUGCCUGAACGGGCCGCGAGUGACGUACGAGUUGUUGCAACGAGUUCCCAACAUCGAGAACUUCAAAGUCCUGCUGCGAGCGAUCAAGCUCUGGGCUCGUCGCAGGGAGAUCUACUCGAACAUUAUUGGGUUUCCAGGUGGGGUAGCAUGGGGGAUAAUGGCAGCACAGGUGGCGCAGCUCUACCCCAAGAUGUGUCCGUCGCUUCUGCUGGAGAAGUUCUUCUUCUUGUACAAGCACUGGAAGUUCGAAGACGCCAUCAUCGUCGCCCCUCCGGAGGAGUGUCAGGCUCCGGACGGCCAAGAACGGUAUAACCUGCAUUCUUGGGAUCCUACCAGACAUCAUUUUUCAAGACGUCCUCUCACCGUCAUCACCCCGACGUACCCCAUGGCCAACUCAACGUUCAACAUCACAGAUUCAGCGCUCAACGUGAUUAGGAAUGAAAUCUCCAGAGCAAACAGCUUGACACAAGGGCUGGCUCAAGGCGAAUCCUCGUACAAUGAUCUGUUUGAACCUGCGAUGUUCUUCAAACAGUAUGGGACCUUUGUGCAGAUCGAAGUACUUGGCUCAGAGAAGCAUAUUGAAGCUUUCUCUGGAUAUGUCGAGUCUCAGAUACGGAAGCUGGUAGAGAAGCUGACGACUAGUCAAUUAGGGCUGUAUAUCGUUCAUCCUUGCACGCGGCACUUCGGGCCCAUACCAGCGGAGCAUCUGGGAGGAGGGGACCCCGAGGACGGCCCUUGGCAGAACAUUUUCUUCUACCUAGGGCUGAAGUUCGACGACAAUCUCGUCAGGCACAUGAAAGCGUCAGGACAGAGCGUCGACUUUACCCAGCCCGUAUGUUCAUCCAUUUCUCUUCGCUCGGCGAUGUUCCCACGGGGCGAUUCACCUUCUCCUCCCUCUCUUCUACCUCCCUCCUCCUGCUACUCCCUUUCCUUCUUUCCGUGUGUAGCGCUCGUGUAUCAACUGCCAAUUUCUUGUCAGGUGAAGGAGUUCCUAUUGGGGAUACACAUAACAGAUCCAACUCAAACCAGCAUCUCGAUCAAGGUGGUGAAGCGGAGGGCCUUGCCGGAAUGGGUGAAGAAGGAGUAUUACUCCCAGUCGAAGUUCGAAGGGAUGCGGCUGGAAGACGAGCAUGGUGAGCUGGAAUCUGCGAAGAAGAGGGCCUUGGGGGAGGCCUCAGCGGAUGCCACGAGCAACGGGAGAGUGAAGAAGGUAAAGAAAGACUCGUAAGGGCAGGUAAAGUCGCAUGCCCCGUCUGCUUGUCUGAGGGUGAGUUACUCGUAUUGGUGUGACGUGACUAGAGCUGAGGCUCUAGAGACGCCGUGGCUUCUCGCCCACAGCUGAGAAGCGUCUGCUUGUCUAGAGCUCAGUAAAAUUGAAUGUUCUGU